UACGACAGGGUAACAUUUAAAUUUGGGCCGUGCUUCCGCCUUCCCAAGGUCUUGAGUAUAUAUGUACUUAAUAGGACCCGUGCUUUUUACCUUAGAAGUCGAUUUUUCUGGAAGUCACCCCGUGUUGGGACUCCUUGGGGAAAUGGAGACCACGUGGUUAAGGGAUUUCUGCCCCGCCGCCCACGUUGGUGUUAGCAGCAGCCUUAGUCAGAAAAUCGAAGACGGAUCUGAAUUGGAAAUCCAUCUGAUGGCUUCCUAUCUCAACUUUGCAGGAUCUCUGCAAAGCAUUGGUUUCAUUCAUCGCAUGCUUCAUUAGCUGGUGAGAGUCCCUCUGCUCCCUGCUUUGAGACGUACCCAGUGUGACCACAGGAACCCAUCCAAAGGCCCAGAGAGGAUCUGGAGGCUUCAGACAACAGCCUGAGUUGUCAGGUUAAAAGAGAGGAAGAGGAGAUAACCCCUCUUCAGUGAUUCCCAAAUCUGGCUGUCAGUCAGUCGUUGAGGGGCUUUUGAAAAUACAAGUUUUGGACCAGAGGCCACACGGACAGCUGGCACCAUGUUUGGCUCCAGCAGAGGCGGUGUGCGGGGUGGGCAGGACCAGUUCAGCUGGGAGGAUGUGAAGACUGACAAGCAGCGGGAGAACUACUUGGGCAACUCGCUGAUGGCCCCAGUGGGCCGCUGGCAGAAGGGCCGUGAUCUCACCUGGUAUACUAAGAGCCGAGCAGAUAGCACAGGGAUGAGUCGGGAGCAGGAGCUGGCGGCCGUGAGGCAGGCAGAGCAGGAGGCACUCAUGGCGGCACUGGGCUACAAGAACGUGAGGAAACAGCCCACAGGCCUCAGCAAAGAGGACUUUGUGGAGAUCUGCAAGCGUGAAGGAAGUGACCCUGAGGAGAAGGGAGUGGAUCGGCUCCUGGGCCUGGGGAGCUCAAGUGGCUCUGCGGGCCGAGUGGCAUUGUCCCGAGAAGACAAGGAGGCAGCUAAGCUAGGACUCCCAGUAUUUACACACCAUCGAGUGGAGAGCAGUCGGCCUGGGGCCUCCCCGGCCCGGAAAAAGCCCAGGCCAGAGGAGAAGGCAGAACCAGGCCCCCAAAGUCACAAGAAGAGCAGGAAAGAAAAGAAGAAGAAAAAGAAGCACAAGAAAGAGAAGAAGAGAGAAAAGGAGCACAGGACCAGGGCAGCCUCCUCACCAUCCCCGGCUCCGUCCAGGGCUCGCCAUCGCAGGCACGAUUCUGACUCCUCGCCCUGCUGCAAGAGGAGGCGAGGGCAUGACAGUGACUGAGGCCCAGCUCACUGGGACCCUGCCUACCCCACACACGCUCCAUCCUCAGUGAAGCCUUUGAGCACGUGCCCUGCCAGGGAACUGGAGGACAGGCUUGUGGGAGCCCUGCCAGGCCUCUGUGAGCAAGCAAGGUAUCCAGGUAGUGCCUCACCCCCAGAUGGCUGCAGGGCCAACCAGGAUGGACAUACCUGCCUUAAGGCUGCAAGAACUGCUACUUCUGUUUUCUUUGUGUUGACUCAUCCUUUGUGCUUAAAUAAACUUACUUUUAGCUGAACAAAAAAUGCAGGUCCCUGAAGGUUACACACUGGUAAUUUACUGAGCCCUCACAGUGUAACAGGCCCCACUCUAGGUCCUGUCCACAGGGUACUGAUUCCUUGAAUCCUCACAGCUCUCUGUGGUGGUUACUAUUUUGAGAUGAGGAAAUGGAGGCACAGUGGAUUCUUUUGCAGCUAGGGAGUGACAGAGCCAGGAUUCACACCCAGGCUGCCUGCCUCUAAGACACACAUCCUUAACUGUUGUCUCUGGGUCAGUUGAGAAUGUGCCCAUCCACUUCAGAUCUUAGUAUAAAACCAUAUGCUAUAUUGUAAUGAGCUAUUAUAUUAAAGAGUAUGUGUGUGUAUAAAUAUAUAACUAUGCCGAUUUUCAGGAGUUAGGGAUGGUAGAGGGCAGGGCAUUAGAUAGAACUACAAAGGGGUAGGUAGCCCCAGGGAAGUCUCUGUAGUACUGGGAAAGUUGUGUCUUGGUGUCAGUCACAUGAGUCUACACAUGAUGAAAUGACAAUGUAUGUUGUACCUAUGUCAAUUGCCUAUUUUAGUGUACUGUAUUGUAGUUGAAUAAGAUGCACAUUGGGGAAACGGGGUGAUUGGUACACUGGACUGGUCUGUACUAUUUUUGCAACUUCCUGUGUAUCUGGAAUCUUUUUUUUUUUUUUUUUAAAUCAUACUUACCUUUGGCAAGCCCCAAGUCAUUUAGAGAUCUGUCUCUAUAAGGUCGGCUCAGAGAGAGAUCACAUUUGAAGACAAGCCUGCUAAGGGUAAGAAAAGCACAAUGGCCCUGGGUGGAGCAGGGCUGCAGUGGUAGUGGUGGCAGUGGUGGCUGAGCAGGGUCACUGAGUCAAGAUCACUGAAAUGGGGGCUGAAACCAUUCCUUAGGUCUUCAGUGAUUCCCAAACAACUCGUGCUCAGCGUGCUAAGUAAGAACCUCUGGGGGGAGAGCUAAAUGAAUGCGCAGAAUCCCUGUCUCAGAUGUUGGAGACUGAGUAGGGCAAUGACAGGAUCCAGCAGUCUUGUUGCAAAAGUUCCUCAGGUGACAUGGAUUUGAAAAUCUCAGAUUAAGGGGCAACUGAUAAAGCUGGAUCCCCGCUUUAGGAAUCAACCACAAGGGGGACUAUAACCCAAGCCCUAGGUUGGUAUGGCUAAGAGACAAGUAUUCACGUCCCUAAAAACGUCCAAAGAUGUUUUUUUCUCAAUGUUAUGUGUAAACAGGGGAAUUUAACAAUUUUUUCUUCUAUUGUCCCUCCACCUUGGUUAUUUAGUAAGUUUCUUAUGGCAGAUAAUUACAAAUAUUUUAGGGUUCAAAGUCCAUUAUUUAGGUACUGCUAUAAAUGAAUGGUUUUGGCUACAAGUAACAAUACUCUACCAACAGUAACAUAAACAAAGGUCUAUUUGUCUCCUGUAUUAAGAGGUCCAAAGAUAGGCAAUUGGCUGGUACUGGUUACAGAGUUCAAGAGUUGGGGCUGACAUCUCUGCAGUUCUCUUGGUCCUUGUUUUCCCCUAAAGAUUUUAUUUAUUUUUAGAGGGAGAGAAAAGUCAAUGUGUGGGUGCCUCUCCUGGGCCUCCUACUGGGGACCUGUCCUGCAGCCCAGGCAUGUGCUCUGUGGGAAUCAAACCAGCGAUCCUUUGUUUUGCAGGCUGGCACUCCAUCCACUGAGCCACAGCAGCUAGGGCAGUUGACCUUUCAUGGCUCCAGCCUCUUUGCAUUUAAGACUGUGUGAAGGGGAAAGGGCAAGAUCACUGGCAUUCUGCUCCUGUCUCACUGGCUAGAAUUGUAUCCCAUGGCCACUCCUGGCCGUAAAGAAGGCUGGGAAAUUGAGUUUUGUGUUUUUACAGUCUCUGGCAAAUGCACAAGAGAAAAUGGGGAGAUACUGGGUGUUGCUUGAGACAACCUGCAGCAUCUGCCACAGCUUUCACAUUAAGUUUUAUUAAGCAUGGCUUAAAUCUAGAAACAGCUGAUCAGAUAAUUACUGGGAAACAUUGGUAUGAAAAUCAAGCAUAAAUAUUUCCACUGUCAAUAAUU